CUCCCUAGAAAAAGUGGAUGUGCCGCACACUUAUCACGUGUCAAACUUUGAGGUUAUGUCACAUUUGACGCAAGAAAAUGGCAAGUCCUACGCAAAUAAAGCGGCAAGCCCCUAAUAUACUAGUCACAGGCACACCAGGGGUUGGAAAAUCAACAUUGUGCCAGAAAUUGAGCGAAAUCAGUGGUUUACAAUGGCUGGAAAUAUCGAAAAUCGCGAAAGAGAACAACUGUCUUGAAGAAUACGAUGAAGUUUAUCAGUGCCCUAUUUUGGACGAGGACAAGCUUUUGGACGGUUUGGAAGACGUGAUGUGUAAAGGUGGCAACAUAGUUGAUUACCACAGUUGUGAGUUUUUCCCCGAACGGUGGUUUGACGUGGUUUUCGUGCUACGCACCGACAAUACGACUUUGUACGAUAGACUAGUUAGUAGGGGUUACACUGGCAAGAAACUCGAAGAUAACAUUGAUUGCGAGAUUUUUCAAGUGUUGUUAGAUGAGGCUAAAGCAUCCUACAAUGUUAAUAUAGUGCAUGAACUGAGUAAUGUGACACCUCAAGAGUUAGAAGACAAUGUGAAUAGGAUAUGUUUGUGGCUCCAACAGUGGUUUCAAGACAACCAACAAUAAAUCGUUUAACUCA